AUGCCCCCCGCAAGCCUAGCGACCUGCCGCGACCCCCCAGCCUCGCUCGGCAGCAGCCCAGGCGCUCGCAGCAGCCCCGCGGCCGCGCCCACGGAGCUCGACAGCGACGACGACGACGACGACGGCCGCGGCGGACCUGCGGGGGACGGGCAGGCGGUGGCCGCGGCCUACACUUUCGCCACGGCCGCGGAGGCCGUGUCUGCAUGCCGCCCCUGA